AAGUUUUUCCAGUAUUAAUAUCAACUACAUUGUUUGCAAGUAGGUAAUCCCUUGGAUUUAACUUCGCUAAAAUAUUUUUCAGCGUGCCUCGUUCGUAUACUCAGUGUUAUUUGUAACCGUAGGGCGGAUCGAACUAAAUACAACUUUUACGAACAUUUCUUUUUUUAACAGAAAGACAAAAAUCCUAGCUUCUUUUUCUAUGUUUUUCUAUCAUCAAUAUCAACUAUAUUGCUGCAAGCAAUACAGUUCCCGUGGAUUUAACUUCGCUUAAGUAUUUGUCAGCGUUGUAUACUCAGUGUUCGCUGUAACCACAGGGCGGAUCGGCCGCCCUACCCGUUGCUACCCUCAGUCCACGCCCGCCCGGCCCGCCGACCGCUCAGCAAACAUCAUUAUCGGUGCACAACCGCAACUCAAGCUCGUUAAACGACGCAACAAGUUCCUUUAAGUACUUCGAAAAUGUGACCGAAAAGAAAAAACACCUUAGCUCUUUUUCGAAAAAAAAAAGUUCCUGUAUAAUCGUUACGUAAUCAUUUUUUCCUAAAUUUGAAGACAGAAAGAAAGAAGGAAAAAUAUUUGGAGAAGUUUGCGAUGAAAUAGUGCUGUGGACACUUUGUAUUACGCUAGCUUUAAAAAAUGUUGUUUGUUAUUCCAUCGUUAAGUUACUUUUACAAGCUUUAAUUUACCACAUUUUAAAUUUGGUGAAGUUUGUGAUAAAAUAAGUGCUUAGUAAUUAAUGUUAAACUUACAUAACGUUAGCUUUCUUUGAAAAAAAAACAUGUUUCUUUAAAACUUAUCAUCAUUAAAUAUCCAUUGUUUUGCCUAAACUUGGUGAAGUUUGCGAUGAAAUCAGUGCUUAAUAAUAAACGAGCAGACUCUACGUAGAUGUAUGAGUAAAUUUCGAAAUGGCGGAUAAGCUACACGAGUAUCAAGGAGUGACGGGACGUUUGCACGGUGUCAGAGAUAAAUAUAAGGAGCGUUUAACGAACUGGCGCGAGCAGCAUCCCCGUGGGGUCCGAGAUGUCUUGAGAGAUUCCUUGUUCGGCAUACCCAGCUCGGAAGAACCACCAGAGAGGAUAUGGCAGGACAGCGAGUACAGCGACUUGUUCAGACGUAAAAGUCGGAUCGAGCUCAUGAGGAUAUCAGCUGCAGUGAUGGGCAUUGAAUUCUCUUAUGCUGGGGAGACUGCUUUCGUGUCCCCGACCUUACUGCAGAUAGGGGUACCCCACCAGCAAAUGACACUGGUGUGGGCACUCUCCCCCCUCGUCGGGUUCUUCAUGACCCCACUGCUGGGCUCGUUGAGUGACAGAUGCAAACUCAAGUUUGGAAGACGAAGACCUUUCAUUGUUCUAAUGUCCUUCGGCGUUUUACUGGGUCUCAUAUUAGUUCCCAAUGGAGAAGCAAUUGGCUACGCACUUGGUGAUGAGAGACCAGCCAAUAGAACAGAUGUCCCAUCAAUCCUCGGGCCAAGGAGCGUUGCUCUAGAAGAAGAUCGGCCCAACUACCACCCCUGGGGUGUCCUGUUCACGGUUCUAGGAACUGUGUUCUUGGAUUUCGAUGCAGAUGCAUGUCAGAGCCCGGCACGCGCUUAUCUCCUUGAUGUGACAGUUCCAGAGGAUCAUGCAAAAGGUCUGAGCACAUUCACUGUGAUGGCUGGAUUGGGUGGAUUUUUGGGAUACGCACUCGGAGGAAUUAAUUGGGACGAAACGAGACUAGGAGAAAUAUUCGGUGGCCAUGUCCGAGCGGUUUUCUCUCUCAUCACCAUAAUCUUUGUGGCGUGUGUUAGUGCCACCGUAACCAGUUUCAAAGAGAUUCCUUUGGAGGAGCUCAAUUAUCAAGAAGAGUUCAGGAAGCUGGCGCAGACCGAGCGUAACCAGGAGAGCUUUGACGUGGAAGAUCAGAGCCUCGACAAAGGGAACCUGAAGAAGAACGCUACUUACGGAUCACUGAACCAACCGGAGCUAUCGGUGGACGCAGCUUCUCUCAAUGCACCAGAUACGACACCACAAGGACACCAGCACCUAUCGCUGCGGCAUUACCUGAAGUCCAUCAUUGUGAUGCCGAGUUCACUGCGGGUAGUGUGUCUGACAAACCUCUUCUGUUGGAUGGCCCACGUCUGCUAUUCUUUGUACUUUACAGACUUCGUUGGUGAAGCCGUAUUUGGUGGAAAUCCUGCGGCGCCUGUGGGCACAGAAAGCCGCUCCGAGUACGAGGCGGGCGUGCGCUUCGGCUGCUGGGGCAUGGCGAUGUACUCCUUGUCGUGUGCGUGCUACUCCACGAUCAUUGAGAAACUCAUCAAGAGGUUUGGAGCAAAAAGGGUGUACGUUGGUGGUCUGUGCACGUACAGCUGCGGCAUGUUCAUGCUAUGUGCGAUCCGAGCCCGCGCAGCCGUGCUGCUGUUCAGCUGGACAGCCGGCGUCAUGUACUCCACGCUGUUCACCAUGCCCUACUUACUGGUUGCGCACUACCACGCUACAGGAAUGUGGGAUAGCGCCGGUGGAGGGUGCGGUCAAGAGCGUGGCAUCGGCACCGACGUCGCAGUGGUCAGCAGCUGCGUGUUUGUGGCCCAACUUUUAGUCUCCAUCAUCAUGGGAUUGGCCGUGAAGGCUAUGGGAACAACUGCAGCAGUUGUAGCUGUGGCUGCAGCGCUAGCCGGCGCCGCCGCGUUCACCGCUACUAAAAUCACUUAUUUAGAUCUAUAAAUAUAACUAUAUAGCAAACUACAUAGUCUAUGUAUAAAUAGGGAGCUGGCUUUCAAGGCUAUGGGCAGGACUGCGGCAGUCGUAGCUGUAGCUGCUGCGUUAUCUGGCGCCGCGGCGUUUACCGCUACAUAAAUAUCUUAGUUAGAGCUGUAAAUGUAAAUUUCAUAAAAGUAUAUGAACUAAUAUGAUGACUCACCGCCGGUGGAGGUAUAGUCAAGAGCUUGGCAUUGACACCAACGUCGGUCACGGUGGUCAGCAGCGUGUUCGUGGCCCAACUGUUACUGUCUCCGUCAUCAUGGGGCUGGCCUUGAAAGCUAUGGGAACAACUGCGGCAAUCGUAGCUGUGGCUGCGGUACUAGCUGGCGCCGCGGCGUUUACUGCUACCAAAAUCACUUAUGUAGACCUAUAAAUAUAAAAAUAACUAUAAAGCAAAUUAUAUAGUCCAUGUUUAACUAGCGAGCUGGAAAAUAUUAUGAUAGUCUGUGCUAUUUGAAAUUGAGAGACUGGCUUUGAAUGCUAUGGUCACAACUGCGACAUUCGUAGCUGUGGCUGCGGCGCUGGCUGAUGCCGCUGCAUUCACCACCACAAAAAUUACUCAUUUUAGACCUACAAAUAUAACUUAAACUAUAUAGUCUAAUCGGUUUGAAAUUGCGGGGCUUGCUUUGAAGGCUAUGGGCACAGUGUAGUAGUAAUCGUUGCAAUAUUUGGGCCACCACUGCUAACAUCACUUAAUUAGACCUAAAAAUUGAUAUUAUAUACUGUGGUAUUUUCUGUAAAUGCUAUACUGACUUUGUGUCGUUUACUACCCAUCACAAUCCGGUAGCAAUAAAUUAAUUUUUAAACAUGCAUAUGUACAAAAAUUAUCAUUUUAUUUCAUUUUUGUAAGUACAAUAAUGGGUGUAUUUAUUUAAAUUACCUUUUCAUUCUGUCCUUUCAUAAGAUAUUUGUAAAAGAUCUACUGAAUAAAACCACAAAUGAAGCUGUAAAAUGUAAAUACUUAAGUCGCAUAGCAAUUUUUAUAUCCAUACGGUAUCUUUUUUAUUUUCUGGUAAAGCCAACUCGGUAACUUUAAUAUAGCUAUCGUAAAAGGAAGUUCUUACCAAGAAACAUAUGUAAAUAUUGGAUUGUUGUCUCAUUUACAAACCAGCCUAUGACAGAGUCUGAUGUAAAAGUAAUAAAUAUAUCAUAUUUUUAUGUAUAAGAUUGUCUUAGUCCGAUUGUAAUAAUUUGUAGAAAAAACCAUAAUUACUCUCAUGCUUCAAAACCUCUUUUAAAGAUUCUGAAACAGUUAGCUUAUUGCCAAAAUUAAAACAUCCAAUGUAAUAAAUAAAAAAAUAACACCCGUUUGGGUUUUAUAAUGUUUUUUUUAAAUAAAUUUUAUAAUAACACUCCUUGGUUUUUUAAAUCCCAAGGCGCAGCCAAGUGUGAUAAUAGUAUCACACUUGUGUUAUAUUAUUAUGAACAGUUGCAUACAAAAUUUUACCUACACCAAUGAUAAGAAUCCUCUAUAAUGGAUUCUGAAACAAUUGGGCGUUCUAAGAACUUAAAAUUCAUCAAAAGUUUAGGCGCUGUCUUCGGCGCUUUGGUAGUGAAACGCGCUUGAACGACAAUGUUCUCUUUUUGUAAUUCAUUAUACUACGCAUUGAGCAGUGAAAAUUGUGGCUGUCUGAUGAGUAAGAAAAUUUUACUAUAAACAAUUCCACGCGGACCAGACAGCAGACAAACUCGAACCGUUAGAUUAAACUUCUGGCAGUUACAUGCUUAAAAAAAAGUGAAAAAUAUUACUAUAAUUGCUAUUUCUUCUUUCAAAUAUUUAA